AAGUUUAAAAAAAUAAUUCUUCACGUUAAUAUUGCAUCAUUGAUGGGUGGACUCAUUGAAUGGUUUCGCGUUUAUAGACAGUGUCAGACAGUUUUAUGAUUAGGUGAGAAUUGCGCAGUGCCGCCCUUGCUUUUAUACAAAGCUGGUUUCUACUAUACGAGAGGAACGACAUUGAUCUUUAGACUUAUCUAUACUGUAUUUCUAUACGUAUUCUUCAUAUGGCGAAAUGCGGGAUAGGCGUGAUUGUAGAUACAGAGUGCGGUGCUUCGGCACAUACAUCAAAGGGGGACGGAUUGAUGGUCACUCUCGCGCACUGCCAACGCGAUAUUUCUGGCCAUCUACAACUCAUGAAAAUAAACAAAGGUGGUAUCUCAACUGAAGGAGAGCUUAUACUUUGUAGAGCAGGAAUAUUUGAACCAGCUGCAACGAAAGAGGAGAUAGUUGUAUGCCCAAAGCAUCGUGAUCAGCUAGGCAUUUAUUGGAGGGGCCAAUAUAAACAAUGUCAAGUACCAUCAACUAUAGCUGCACACUCUAAAACUGGAACAAAGGGGGAUCGAUCUCUCAGUAGAGAAUUGUCUCAAGCAAUUUUCAGGAGAACGAAAGUACUUCUUCCUGUUGGGUCGUCAAUAUGCAGGCGUUGCCGAGAAUUGUAUGCUUGCAAGGAGCAAACCGGUAGUGAAAUGGAUCAUGUCUUAUAA